CACUUCAUAUCGAAUUGGCUUAUGAAUCUCUCAGAGACUCCCUGCUUAUAAUGCUGGCCAGUGGGGACGUUUGUUACCAUCAACAUGGCUCCCAUCCCCACCGCACUCAUUGGAUUGUCGGCGAACUCCACCUGGAAAUGGUCGGGCUCUGCGCACCUGCCCUACUUGCUCUCCGCACACGGACGAUCUCGCUACACCAUCGUCGCCGUUCUCAACUCGUCCAAAGAAUCUUCCCUCGCUGCUAUCAAGCACUUCAACCUCCCCGCCGAGACGCGCGCGUACGGUUCGCCCGCGGAACUGGCGGCGGAUAAGGACAUUCGGCUUGUCGUGUGCAGCACGCGUGUCGACAGGCACUACGAGACCGUCCUCGCGUCUGCCCAGGCUGGGAAAGACGUGUACGUCGAGUGGCCGCUGGCGCAGGACACCAAACAUGCAAAGGAACUGGCUGACGCCGCCCGAAAUGGUGGUGGGCGGACAAUGAUUGGUCUGCAAGGCCGUGUUAGCCCUUUGACGCUGCAGCUCAAGAAGCUGAUCGAGGAUGGGCGGAUCGGGAAGGUCCUGAGCACGGAGUUCCAUGGCGCAGGCGCGACCAAUGGACGCGAUUCAGUGCUCAGAGGGACCGAAUAUUUCCUCCAGCACUCGGUUGGUGGGAAUAUUGUCACCAUCUAUGGAGGCCACGCGUUCGAUUUGAUUCAGACAGUUCUGGGCGAGGCCACCGAGAUCAAGUCACAGCCACAGCUGCAACGUCCGAUCAGCACUGUACGCGACCCCGCGACCGACACCGUCACCGACAACAUCAAAUCCGACGUACCGGACCUAUUUAUCGUCACCGCACGCCUGAAGGAGUCGCCGACCGUCGUGCGCGACGCAUCCCUGCUGUUCCGCUUCCGCCGCAGUCCCCCGUUCCCGGGUGAGCUUGCGCUUGUGUGGAGCAUCGCAGGCGAGAAGGGCGAGAUACGCGUGACGAAUCAGGCGUUUUCCAUGCUGCACAUGGUGUCCGCCGGUAUUGUUGUCGAGGUGCAUGAUUUCGAGACGGACAAGGUCGAGAAGGUCGAAUUUGACCUAGAGGAGUCUUGGGCGGGGGACGCAACUGCUCCGCCGCCGUCAAAAAUCGUGGGACUGUUGUAUGACCGUUUUGCCACCGAAGGGCAAUACCCGACUUGGGAGGACGCCGUGAAGCGGCAUGAGCAGAUCGAUGACUUCGCUGCUGGAUGGGUCGCUUAGACGUGAUGUACAUGCAACAUGUGCAACAUGUCGACAAACAAACAUAUUGAAAUUGGCUGAAAUGC